GGUGCGGGAGAAGCCGGCCGCGGGAUGCGGUGCCGCCCCGGCAGGGCCGGGCCGCGGAGCGCCGCUCGCCGCCGGCUCCGUGUGCGCGGCGCUUUGGGGUGUCGCUGCCGUCUGUCAGUGGCGGCCGGCGGAGGAAAGGCUGCUUGCGAGGGAGGCGACAGGGGAAGCAGGCUCGUAGCGCAGUUUAACACAGCGCUCUUGUGUCCUCUGAGCUCAGGCUGAGACCGCGGUCAUCGCAGUCUGGCUGUCUGCAUAGAAAUCCCUAAAUCUCAACUUUCCCCCUCUUUUUUUUUCUAUUCUCCAGUACCCUGAAUAUUAGGUUAAACUCUUCAGGUAGUAUUGCAGUACGAGAGGGGAGUUUUGCAGUCUGGAAGAGACAAAAUUGAGAUUAUAUUUACUGUGGCCUGCAGUGCAGAGUAGCUGUUCAGCACUGCUGCUGACAGGAGAUGUGUGAGUGAUGCCGGCAGGAGGGAGAGCUUCUUUCAUUUCCAUGUUCCUGUGGGUUUGAUCUUACAUGUUACACGUGUAAAACAACUGAAUUGUGAAGGCACAAACCACGUCGUGCAGUCACUGCUCUGCUGAAGCACUGAAUUUCUCUGAAGUUCUCCUGCUGCUCCUGGAUCUGCACAUGAUCGCUGUUCACGCCGUGGGCGAAUUAGUAAUCAAGAAGCAUGAAGCAUGGUGGGAGUACUUCCUAACAGAAAAUCAGGAAUCUGUGGCACAAUUGCACUUUGUUGAAAAUUGUGUAAAGUUCUCUAGCACUUUUAUUUAGUAAUUAAAUUCAAGACAUGGGGCCUAUGAAAUACAAAUCAAGCGUGUCCUCAGUGUCCUGUGGUCUGCAGUAUCACCAUUCAUUGAUGAAGUGGAGUCCAAAAGUGAAUUUACACAUGGUGAGGACUUACUGCCCAUCGGCGCCCAAGAGGCCCGAAGCCAAGUCUGCAGUGGAAAUGGCCAUGGGUCUCCUUCAUCGGAUCACAGAAUCAGGGACUCUUAUGGGCAAAAACUCCCUCCAAAAAGUGUCUGCAACGUGCAGGAAUUGGUGGGACAGAUACGAAGAAUUUGUUGGAAUCAAUGAAGUUCGAGAGGCUCAGGGAAAAGUGACAGAGGCAGAAAAUGUCUUUAUGAUAGCUCGAGGGAUAGUACGAGAGGCUCGUGAAAAUGUAGAAGCCCAACAGAUUAAACUGAAGGAGAUUCGGGAUCGCUUAGACAGGGUCUCUCGGGAUGACACCCAGUAUUUAGAACUGGCUACUCUGGAACACAGGUUGCUGCAGGAAGAGAAGAGGUAUCGAGCUGCAUAUUUAAAUGCAGAAGAAUCUGAGAGAGAAAAAUUCUCUCUCUUCUCUGCAGCUGUCAGGGAAAGCCACGAGAAGGAGCGCACAAGAGCUGAAAAAACAAAGAACUGGUCUAUUAUUGGCUCUGUGCUGGGAGCUGUUAUAGGUGUUCUUGGUUCCACCUAUGUCAAUCGAGUAAGGCUGCAAGAAUUGAAAGUCUUGGUGCUUGAAGCACAGAAGGGCCCAGCCAAUUUACAAGAAGCCAUCAAAGAACAGGCCUCCAGCCAUUACUUGCAGCAGAAAGAUCUCAGUGAUGUCAUAGAAGACCUAAAAAAUGUGCUGCAAACAACGGCAUCGAAGGGAGGGAAAGAAGGGGCUUUGUUAACUAGAGAAACCAGGAAUGACUCCAUAAAAAUAGAUUCUCUUUUAAUGCCUUUAAACGAGCAGCUAAAUUACAUUAAACAAGUCAGUUCAUGUCUAGGGAGUUUACAACAGCAGUUUAACAGUCUGCAGGAAAGUAUCACACAGGUGCUGUCUGAGCUGCAGAGUGUCAAACUCGCCAUCCAGUCCCGACCUACAGAAAGAGUGAUGCCAAGGCCUUCAGGGGAGGGCAAGGGCCAGGCUGCUGCUGUGAGAGAUGUGAUUUUGGAGCUGUGUGACACGGAGCGCAGACUGGAAACGCAAAUCAAGAGAAGUUCUAUUUACAGCACUGCACUGACGUGUGCUAUGUUUGCCAUUACUCUGCCUGUACUCUAUAUCAUCCUGAAAGGGAACUGAUCCCUAAUUAAUUGCCACAACUUACUAGAUUAAUAAAGGUAAACUUGCACUCUAAGUACUGGAGUACAAGUCCAAAUAAA